AUGAGCACCCUGCACGCUUCACCCUUUGCCCUUCACCCUGCACCCUUCACCCUUUGCCCUUCACCCUGCACCCUUCACCUUUCACCCUGCACCCUUCACCCUUUGCCCUUCACCCUGCACCCUUCACCUGCACCCUUCACCCUUCACCUGCACCCUGCACGCUUCACCCUUUGCCCUUCACCCUGCACCCUUCACCCUUUGCCCUUCACCCUGCACCCUUCACCUUUCACCCUGCACCCUUCACCCUUUGCCCUUCACCCUGCACCCUUCACCUGCACCCUUCACCCUUUGCCCUUCACCCUGCACCCUUCACCUGCACCCUGCACCCUUCACCCUUUGCCCUUCACCCUGCACCCUUCACCCUUCACCUGCACCCUUCACCUGCACCCUUCACCCUUCACCCUUCACCUGCACCCUUCACCUGCACCCUUCACCCUUCACCUGCACCCUUCACCCUUCACCUGCACCCUUCACCUGCACCCUUCACCCUUCACCCUUCACACCUGCACCCUUCACCUGCACCCUUCACCCUUCACCUGCACCCUUCACCCUUCACCCUGCACCCUGCACCCUGCACCCUUCACCUGCACCCUGCACCCUGCACCCUUCACCCUGCACCCUUCACCUGCACCCUUCACCCUUCACCCUGCACCCUUCACCCUUCACCCUGCACCCUGCACCCUGCACCCUUCACCUGCACCCUGCACCCUUCACCCUUCACCCUGCACCCUGCACCCUUCACCUGCACCCUGCACCCUGCACCCUUCACCCUUCACCCUGCACCCUUCACCCUUCACCCUUCACCCUGCACCCUUCACCUGCACCCUGCACCCUUCACCCUGCACCCUGCACCCUUCACCCUGCACCCUUCACCCUGCACCCUUCAGCCUUCACCCUUCACCCUUCACCUGCACCCUGCACCCUGCACCCUGCACCCUUCACCCUGCACCCUUCACCCUUCACCCUUCACCUGCACCCUGCACCCUGCACCCUUCACCCUGCACCCUGCACCCUGCACCCUUCACCCUUCACCUGCACCCUGCACCCUGCACCCUUCACCCUGCACCCUGCACCCUUCACCCUUCACCUGCACCCUGCACCCUUCACCCUGCACCCUAA